AAUCAUGGGGAGGGUUGAGUGGACCUAAACAGGUUGUUUUAGCCAGAAUGAUUUCUCAUACAGUCAUGGCAUUGUUGACAGCACUAGUUCACGGUUUAACCAUUUUCUAUGGAUACCAGUAACGCUAAUAAAUCAAAGUAACGGUGCAAAACUUAGCAUUAGCCCUGACCUGGCAGUCAGUAAUAGCCAUAGACUGCAUUAAGCUAACAAGUGACUGUUUCUCAAAUUUCAGUUUCAGAUAUUCCUGUGAAGCAGGAACAGAGAGACCAUGGCUCCACCCUCGGUGCAGUAUACCAUUGGAGGAGUGAAGGUCACCUUUCCCUGCAAGGCGUACCCAUCCCAGCUGGCUAUGAUGAAUUCAAUCAUACGAGGGCUGAAUAAUGGGCAGCACUGCUUGCUGGAAAGUCCGACAGGAAGUGGAAAGAGUUUGGCUUUGCUGUGCUCCACCCUUGGCUGGCAGCAGGCUCAGUAUGCUAAAGCUCAAGAAGAGGGCAGCCUGGUGAAAGACAAGAGCCAGCCAGAGAAAAACUGUGGAGACUGUAAGAAGUCAGAUAUUCCCAGUCCCUGUCGGUGUGUGUGCCACAGCAAAGCCUGCAGGAGCACAGCUGUAACCCCACCUAAAGCUGAUGUGGUGGACCUCACCUUGUCACCCUGCAAAGACAAGGUAGAGCUGCAGACUCCAGCACCUGAACAUGUUCCAUUGCCAGAGGAGUCGCAGCCCAGUAAAAAGUCUCUAGCCUCUCGACUGUCUGAGAAGUUCCAGUCUUUCCUCGGCUCGGACCAGCAGAAGGACGACGACUUCCAGCCAGACAGGAAACGCCUUCGCACUGCCGAACACACGAGCCGUAAAAGGCAGUGUCUGGAGCAGGGAGUGGUGUUCAUAGAUGACGACGAGCCGGAGCACGGAGACGAGCAUUCAGGCCCUCCCAGUUGGACUGUGAAGCCAAGCAGCCAAUCAGCUGCUCUGUCCUCCUCAUGCUGCUCCCCUGAACCCUGCAUCCUGUGCCCGUGUGCGUCAGCCAAAGAAGCUGUGAAGGACAAAGCCAAAGAUGGCAAAAAGAAGGUUCCUAAGAUCUUCUUUGGGACUCGCACUCAUAAGCAGAUAACUCAGAUCACCCAUGAGCUGAAGCGCACGGUUUACUCCGGCAUGCCCAUGACCAUCUUAUCCAGCAGAAAUCAGACAUGUGUCCAUCCAGAAGUGGCGCCUCACUCCAACCGCAAUGAACGCUGCAGGGAUCUACUGCAGGCUAAAGAUGGUAAAUCAUGCCGCUACUACCACGGUGUCCAAAGGAUGCGGGAUCAGUGCUCACUGCAGCGGGUCCACGGACUCUCUGAAGCCUGGGACAUUGAGGACAUAGUGGCACUGGGUAAACGCCUUCGCUCAUGCCCCUACUACGCUGCACGAGAACUCAUGCAGGAGGCCUGCAUCGUCUUCUGUCCAUAUAACUACCUGCUGGACCCAAUGAUCAGAGAGAGUAUGGAGAUUGACCUGACUGGUCAGAUUGUGGUUCUGGACGAGGCCCACAACAUCGAGGACUGUGCAAGGGAGAGUUCCAGCUUUAAUCUAGACCACAGCAGUCUGCUGGCAUGUAGGGACGAGCUUGACGGCAUGGUCAACAUCAACAUCAGACGAUCCCAGCACGAGCCACUCAGGAACUUCUGCUAUAGCUUGAUCAACUGGAUCCAGGAGAGCCAAGGCUUGAUGUCUGAACGAGGAUAUGAGACUUCCAGUAAAGUCUGGAAUGGGAAGGAUGUACUGGGCAUCUUUCAUAACCUUGGCAUCACUGCUGACACCUUCGGCCUUCUGAAGAAAAACCUGGCAGCAGUUUUAGAGAAGGAGGAGCGUGUUGGUGUGGUGAAUGGAAAAGAGGAUAUGGUUCAGCUCCCAACAAUCAGCUCAGCAUCCUCCAUUGUCCUCAAAAACCUCUUCAUGGUGCUGGGCUUCAUGUUCUCUUCUGAGGACAACUGCAGCUUUGCUGAAGACUACCGGGUAGCUCUGCAGAAGAGCUACGCUUGGACGAACCAGGUCCCACCUGAUGUCCCUGAUGCCCAUGGCUUUUUUGUUCGGCCUCGCCAAAGACAACGCCUGAGUGCCAGAGUCAAGGCAGAAGUCCUAACACUCAGCUUCUGGUGCCUCAACCCUGCUGUGGCUUUCUCUGACUUGAGAAAGUCUGUGCACAGCAUUGUGCUGACAUCAGGAACCCUGUCACCAAUGGGCUCGUUCUCCUCUGAACUUGGAGUGAAGUUCACCAUCCAGCUGGAGGCCAACCAUGUUAUCAACAAGUCCCAGGUUUGGGUGGGCACUAUUGGUUCAGGACCCCAAGGCAGAAAGCUCCUCGCCACCUUCCAACACACUGAAACGUACGCCUUCCAGGACGAGGUGGGGGGGCUGCUGCUCAAUGUCUGCCAGGUCGUGGCCAAGGGUGUCCUCUGCUUUCUGCCAUCUUACAAGAUGCUCGACAAGCUGCGAGACCGAUGGAUCAACACAGGUAUCUGGGAGAAGCUCGAACAAUGUAAAGCUGUGAUCACAGAGCCCCGCGGAGGUGGCAAGGGGGAUUUUGAUGAACUGCUGCAGACGUACUACGAUGCCAUCAAGUACUGCGUGGAAAGAAAUGGUGCACUGCUAAUCGCGGUCUGUAGAGGUAAAGUGAGUGAAGGACUAGACUUCACUGAUGACAAUGCCAGGGCUGUGGUCACCAUUGGAAUUCCCUUCCCAAACAUCAAAGAUCUCCAAGUGGAAUUGAAGAUGAAGUACAAUGACCAACACUGCAAAUCCAGAGGUCUUCUCCCAGGCUCUCGCUGGUACGAGAUUCAGGCCUACAGAGCUUUGAACCAGGCCCUGGGAAGGUGUAUCCGCCACAAGAAUGACUGGGGUGCCUUAAUUCUAGUGGAUGACCGUUUCCGGAAUAAUCCCAAUAAGUACAUCACAGGUCUGUCUAAAUGGGUUCGCCAGCUUGUCCAGCAUCACGACAACUUCGGCAAUGCCAUGCAGUCUCUGGUAGCGUUCUCUGAGGUUCAACAGAAAGCGUCGGUGGCUCUGGCAGCCAGUCAGAGUCUCAGCUCUACUGCCUCAUCUCCAAAAAGUCUCUUGUCAGUAACUCUUGAGGACGAGAGUCCACCAAAAGCCACAGAACAUCAGACACCAAGCUCAUGUGUCAAACCACCUGUACCCAAGCUUGACACAAGCCCAACAAGCGUCCAUUUCUUUUCUCGUACACAGUUAAAAGCUGAACAACAAGAAAAAGCAGAACGGUUGAAUACGAUGCACAGUACCCCAGCGGAGCCCUUACAUCAAAAAAGAAACACAGGUCUGCCUCUGUACAACAUUUUCAGCCCGGCCAGCACCUGCUUCAGGAAGCCAAUCUUCAAAGAAAAAGCUGUAUGUAAUUCCAGCCAGCUCUUUGAAACAUCUACGGAUUCAGAGCACAAGGAGAAGCAGCCGAUCUCGUCUCCACAAAAGCCGACUUGUCUUAAGCAAGAGAGUGGAGAUGGUUCCGGUGGAAUCAAAUUGGAAGCACACAAUCAGCCUUUGGAGCCUUCCACCUGUAAAAGUGAAGUGCCCUCAGUAGACGGUACAGAUGAAAAGGAAGAGGACCAAACUGUGUUCUUCACUCCAGAACUUUUCGAGGGUGAAGGCAGCCCACAGGAAGAGGCGAACGGCAAGUCACCUCCCAGGAUGGCUGGAGUGGCGGAGAGUCCUGCCCCCCUGUCAGAAGAAGUUUUUGGCUCUGAGCAAGCCCGAGGGCAAGGUCGACCCUCUGCUUUUGAUAGACAGAGUUCUAUUUCAGUCAGUAUGGACAGCACAGAGCUGUCACAGGGACAGGAAGGAGAAAUUAUAGGACAGAACCAAGGUGAAGAAGCAGAGCAGGUGGACACCCAGAGCAGGCAGACAGGAAGUAAGCUUCGCAGGUUGUCCAGGUCCAAGCAGAAAGCUCCCCCCACUACAACAGGUAACUAGCUAGCUGGAACCAAGAGAUAUUGUGAACGAAGCAGAAAGUCUUAUAUGAAAAUACAUCGCAAAAACAAUACACACAGUAGAUUUUGAUUUAAAACACAUAUUGAAACAUUCAUGCUAUUAUAUUUCUGCAUAGGUUUUACAUUCAAUCUUACACCAUUUUCUAAACGCUAUGCUGGAAAGUAUCUGCUCAUGUUAGAGCGGCCUCGGGCAACUCGCCCACACACUCUGCCUGCAGUAUGAUGAGGCUUCAGCUUUCUCAUAUCAGCUUGUAAUGCGGUGUGACAGCACAUCUUAUUAAGGCCAAAAAGCCCGGUUCUCACUUAAAAAAUCACAUAACUAACCAACAGCAGUGAAAAUUGCAGCGCUGAUUGAAUGUGCCUUUUAACAAAUCAUUAAAAUACAAAAAGCCUAAACUAAUUUGUUUUCCUACAAAGUAGGUAAUCAUGUCGUUGUGUUUUAAUGAUGUGUUUCGUAGAUUAUGGCCGACAUGCGUGGAGGCUUUAGACAUGCCUGAUUUAACCUACAGACCUUUAUUUCAUCGAUUUAAAUUCCAUGUGUUAUGAACUCAGUAUGGUUUUACUUACAGGACUUACUUUACAAGCAUUUGUAUAAACUCUGUUUAUUCAAAAUAAAAUAAAAAUGUUAGCGUUACUUUAAUUUUUCAU